GUUGUUUGUGCUGUGCUCCGUAGUGUACACACAGGGCGCGAGGAGCAGAUUGGUAGCCCGCUAGGAGGAUCUACCGAUAAUAGAUCGGGUAAAUGUGGUCAUGUUGCAGUCGCUGGCAUUGAGUUCUAGGAGCAUUGACUGGGAUAUCUGCUUUUCAUGUGGCGGCCGAGAGAAGCUCAACACUGAAAAGACUUCAGCGCGCCGCUUGAGACACGGUUCCCCCCAAACAAACAUGGGGUCUCGGUCUAUAAGUAUGAGGUAAAGUGACCUUUAAUCUCCUAUCUGAUGGCAAAUUUCGCGAACUACCAAGAAGGCAAAGCCGCUAUGUUGAUGCUGGAAACGCAACAGCGGGCUAUCGGGACUAACGGUAAACCUGCAACGGCGAACGGCGACAUCUCUGUCGGGGAACCCCCUUCCGUACUGGAUGUCGGCGGCGCUGCUUUUCAUCAACCGAGUGAUCAACAUCAACACCACCUGGAAUCACCGGCGAGGAAAGGAUCCACGACCUCGUUUAACCGGGCGUACGAGGACUCUGCUGCGAGCAACACACACGCUACCUCAGCUUCCCCAGCUGUGAACUCCAGCUCUGCUGUGUCUGACGAAAUUAGGAAGUGCGGUUAUCUGAGAAAGCAGAAACACGGCCAUAAGAGGUUUUUCGUCUUGCGGGGGUCGAGUAAACUGGGGCCGAGCAGACUGGAAUACUAUGACAGCGAGAAGAAAUUCCGAAACACCCUGCGCUCGAGCGCUGCUGCCGCCGCCUCAGCUGGCGCCUCUCCCCCCAAAAGAGUGAUCUAUCUCUACCAGUGUUUCACGGUGAAUAAAAGGGCAGAUUCAAAGAAUAAACAUCUCAUUGCUCUGUAUACUAAGGAUGAAUACUUUGCUAUUGUUGCUGAGAAUGAGCAGGAGCAGGAGGAGUGGUACCAGGCGCUCAGCGAGCUUAUGAGUGAGGGGAAGAGGGGCCACCUGGACGCGGAAGAGAUUGACGAUGGAUACGGUACUGUGACCCCAGGGACUGACUUUAAGGAAGUGUGGCAGGUGAAUGUUAAACCAAAGGGCUUGGGCCAGACGAAGAAUCUAACUGGCGUGUAUAGGCUCUGUCUCUCUGCCAAGAGCAUCCACCUGGUGAAGCUGAACUCUGAGACGCCUUGCGUGAACUUGCAGCUGAUGAAUAUCAGACGCUGUGGCCAUUCGGAGAGCUUCUUUUUUAUUGAGGUUGGCCGCUCUUCUUCUAUAGGGCCUGGGGAGGUUUGGAUGCAGGUGGAUGAUUCUGUGGUGGCUCAAAACAUGCAUGAGACCAUUUUAGAGACCAUGAAGGCGCUGAAGGCAUUUACUGAGUUCAGGCCCAGAAGCAAAAGCCAGUCUUCUGGCACCAACCCGAUGGGCUUUAUCACUACGCGGCGACAUUUGGGCAAUCUGCCGCCCAGCCAGACAGGGCUCCAGCGGCGGUCUCGGACAGAGUCUGUGGUGGGCACUCCAUCUAGCAGGAAGAGCAGUGGAGCGAACGGAUACCGAUUCCGCACCUCCAGCGAGGGAGAGAGCACAAUGAACCGUCCCUUUCGCUCUGUGACAGGUAGCCUUAUUCAUCUCAACACAGCCCGUGCUAACCUGAGCCGGCAGGAAAGUAGCAGUGGGGCCGGAGGCCGCUACAUUCGUGCCCCACCGGGCUCCAAUUAUCAUGCCCGUUCAGCCUCGCUGCCAGUGUCACACUUCCCUUCAACCACCAGUCCGAUCAGCAUGUCUAGCAGCAGCGGGCAUGGCUCUGUGUCAGACACCAUCACUCGCCCUUCCAGCGCAUCCAUUUGUGGAUCCCCAAGCGAUGGAGGUUUCAACUCAUCUGACGAGUAUGGCUCCAGCCCUGGAGACUUCCGCUACUUCAGAGUACGCAGCAACACCCCCGACUCCCUGGGAAACACACCACCCAUCCGUGAGGAGCACUGCCUCAAUGACUACAUGGCUAUGGGCUGGAAUCGUGACGUGUUCGGAACGAGCGCGGCUGAGGCCACCCGAGAUGAGAGUGCUGAUGAAGAUUCACGCCCGGGGUCUUUAAGGAGGCGGACGACCUCCUUCUCCAGGUACGUUGGGGGUGCUAGUGCUGCUGGAGUAGCUGUUUAUCAAAAGAUGACCCAGACCACCUUCUCGCUGGACGAGGCUGUGGCUGAGAGUAGCUCUUGGAGUGGCAGUGCCCAGACUGUCUCUACCUCCUCCUCCCUCUGUUCUGACUACAGCUCCAGUUCUGAACACAGCCAGGACCGGCCCCCUAGCCUACGGCCUGCUGACGCUCCUAAGGAUGAUGGGUACAUGCCCAUGAUGGCAGGUGUGCUGCCCUCCACUAGUGAUGCAGACUACAUGCCUAUGCAACCAAAUAUCUUCCUCUCUGCCUCUCCACAAAUCCAAAGGUCUGCUUUAAAUGUUCCCCAGCACACAGACUCUCAAGGCUACAUGAUGAUGCUCCCAGGUAGGAGUGGGGCUGCUGACUCCCCCCUCCCCUCCAGCCCUGACAUUAGCAGACGAGCAGAGGCACAGAGAGCCUCUGACUGCCCCAAGAAUGCAGAAUACAUGGAUAUGUCUCAGAGCAGCUCCACAGCUAAUGCUCAAAAGCUUUCCACAGAGAAUUAUUAUGCCUUGACCACUCCUGGUGUCCCCAAGUCCUACAGUCCAUAUUUCUCUCUCCCUCGUUCAUACAAAGCGCCAUCCAGAGACCAGGCUGAGCAUGAUGAUUAUGUCCCCAUGAGUUCCCCAGCGAAACCAGUCUACAUCUCGCCCACAGCCACCCCAGAUCGCAGUAGCAGGUGCCCACCUUCUGAGUCUUCUCAGCAUAAUAGCUUCACGGACCGCCGUGCUGUUCGGCCGAACCGUCUGCCUCUAGGAAGGCGAAGUCACGGCUCUCUGAGAGCAUGUGAAGCGGCAGUGCGGCCUUCCAGCCCUGGAGAAUACAUGAAUAUUGAAUUUGGGGAUCGGCCCACAUAUACUGCCUGCCCGUUGUCUGCUGAAGGUUCUCCAUCAAACCUCAGUAUCAACCGGGAGCAGCGUAAGUCCCCUCUGCCGCAGGACUACAUGACUGUCGAGGUGGCUGGACUUCCACCUAAGAGUCGGUCCCCUCGGCCCUCUCUGGUUGCCCCUUGGAAUCCUCCUUCAUAUAUCCGGCCCUCCUCAUCCUCCCACUGCAGCGGGCUCAUGGUGGGUAAGCCUGACGACUACACAGAAAUGUCCUUUGGGCCUGAGGACGAGUCGAAGAGCCCCACAGCCAUGCUUGAGCACCUAUGUGUUCUGGAGCAACAGUUUUUCCCCUUCAGCCCCCCGACUGAGCCCAAAGUUGUCCGUGCUGAUCCUCAGGGCAGGCGGAGACACAGUUCAGAGACCUUUGUCACAUCUUCGGGAGCGUCAGGUGGAAGUGGCUCGGACACCAAUGGCACCGUACCUAGCAAUGUUGGGGCUCAGCAGGUGGGCCGCAACAAGGGACAAACUUUUGACUGCGUUUGGAUUGAUAGCAUGCCUUCCAGUAGUGAUGUAAUGCUGGGAACCACAUCAGAUAGAGCAAAUUCCCCCUCUGUAAGGUCUGCAAGGACUAUAACUGUGGAACACCAGAAUGGCCUGAACUACAUCUCCCUAGACCUGAGAGAUGAUCUCCGGCCUGGGAACGCUCAUGAUGCGCUUCCCUUGCCAUCCCCCAGCGCUCCUCCUCCAGAGAACGGUGCCUAUGCCAGCAUAGAUUUAAUGAAAUCUGAGGAGUUUACAGCAGUGUCUAAAGACUAAGGACUGUCCCAUCAAGCUCCUGCAGAGAUGCCGGAUAACGUGCGAGCCCGAGCACACAACCCUGUGACAGCAAAAGGAUCCUGAGUUUUGUUUUAAUGGACUCUUAUGGUUAUUUUUAUUUGUAUGUGUGCUGUCUCAGAGCACAUCCAUACGUUCUGUCUUGUAUGAGUUCAGUGCUUUGUGAUUUGUAUCACAAUGUUUUAUCUGCUGCA